CUUUGAACCAGUGCGGACCACCGGGGAAAACCGCUGCGGAUCACGGCCACGGUCGGCCACCAACCCCCCACUCUCCAGGUUUUUUUUUCUUCUCUUGACUCUCUUCGGGGAAAUCAGGGGAAGGAGCAAGGAGGCCCAACGGGGUGCGACAGGAGGAGGUGUUCAUCAUCAGGACACUUGUGCACGCUGCUGCUCCUGGAAUUGUGUGUGACAAAAAUCGUCGGACUGUGUGUGUGUGUGAGUGUUUUGACAGCAAAAGGAAAAGUAAAUAGAUUUUUACUACACGGGUGUGGGGAUUACAGGCACAAUCGAAAAAAAGAGAAAGAAGUGAGGUUAUGUACACACGUGAAGAACACACAAACACACUCUGAAUUGGGUUUCUCGUGUCACGAAAAGGUGUGAACAGGUGCGACCAACGUAUGGUGUCGUGUCUAGUCAGCCCGAUUAGUGGGAGCGCUUUUGUUCCGGUGAAUGUGCGCGAAGGAUCAGACAGUCGUCGUUGGCACAGAGUCUUUCCGGGCGGAAAAUUGAAAACUGAGAUGGAAAAAGGAGCUCGGUGGAAUUGCUUUGGAUUAUUUGACGAUUUGCUGCUGCUGCCGUCGUUCGAUGGAAUUAAGGUGUGAAAAGACUCGAACAACCCACACCCUCGGUUUCGACCAACAUCGGGUUUGAUUUCACCGCAGCUCGUUGAAACACAUAACCUACAAUAAUCUAUAGAAGAGAGUCCCUCCCCCCCCUCGGGAGUGCUCUCAUCCCGUCCCAAUUUGACCGCCUGGAUACAUCGAAUGGUUCCCCGGACGAGAAUAGAUUUCGGGGGCUGCCGAAAUUGCAUCUGCUGUGUGCAUCGCUACAGGAACACGCUACGCGUUUCGUGAAGAGCCAUAAAUCGGUGCGAUGAGGGGGUGCGAUUAGUGGUUCAACUGUGGCCCCGCAGGCAGCUCACCGAGAAUGGUUCGCAAAAGGCACCGCCGCCACUGAGAGAGUCAACAUUGGGAAAGUGAACCGGCAAACUGUGUGAGUGUGUAAUCAGCAGCAAACAUGUCGCUCACCGUGCGGAUCAACAAGUUUCAACUGCCGAAGCCCAAGUCCAACCUGCUUGGGCGGGUCGAGUUUCGAGGCGUUGCACACACUACCACCGAACUUAACUGCAGCACAGAGUUCGUCGAUGUCAAUCAGAGCUUCAUCUGGCCGCUGGCCAGGCCCGGCGACGAGGACGAAACGGUGAUCGUGGAGCUGCGCCAGCAGACGACCAAGAUUCUGCUCAAAACCGGCAUCGGCGGGACGGCGUCGACGAGGGGCGCGAGCCGCGGCACCAUCACCAGCAGCACCAAGAUCAUCGGCCGGUACGUGAUGCUGAUGCAAGGUCUGCUCAAAGAGAACCGACUCCACAUCCAGGACCGUCUGGUGGAUCUGUCCAACAAGCCAAUUGACGCCUUUGUCAGCUUCGACGUGAGCUACCAGAGUCCGGACGACGAGUCGGGCAACUUUGAGUCGUCCCACGUGGUCAAGAGUUUGCACCAGCAGUCGUCCAGCAUCGACGAUGACCAGCAGAUGCUGCUGGACAUCGAGCAGAACAUUGCCAACCUGGAGAAGAGUCUGCACCAGGAUCGGGGGCCCACCGGAGGUGAGCGGAGUUCCUUCUCCGGAGGAGGAGGAGACCGCGGCGGAGGAGGAGGAGGAAGUAGUAGUAAGCCAAACAUCUUGAAGAGGGUCAUGAGUUCCGGUUCGACGUCACUGCACGAAAAGAGCCAAUCGGCGGCCAAGCAAGACCGGGCUUCCUCGGAUAACGAAUCGUCCUCCAAGCCGGCCAAGUCGAUCGCGGACAAGAAGGUAACGCUUCGGACGGUGCGGAACUUCAUCAAGCUCGGCCGGUCCCGGCAUCCGUCGAGGGAAAGUCGGGGGGACAGUAGCACCGAAGACGAGGGCCGGUCGUUGAUCGGCACGGACUCGGAAGACGCCUUAGGAGGUCCCGACCGCGUGGGACAUCACAGCAGCAACCAGCCCAGUCAUCCGCACACGUCGGCAAAUCCGUCGACGGUGACCAGUCCCAGUACGGCCGGCGCCGGGCCGGGUCCGGGCUACGAAAAUCUGUCCCAAACCGGCAGCAUCCACUCAAACGGAUCGAGCGAUGGCGAGGAGAACACCAACAACGAAAAGCUGAAAAAGAUCAAACACCUGGCCAAAUGCAACGAUCACCUCAAGUCGCAGGACUUCCAAGUGUGCGUGACGGUCAUCGAGGCGCGCCAGCUGCCCGGCCUCAACAUGGACCCGGUCGUGUGCAUCCAAGUAGGCGACCAGAAGAAGUACACCAGCGUGAAGGAGAGCACCAACUGUCCGUACUACAACGAGUAUUUUGUGUUUGACUUUCACAUGCCUCCGGUGAUGCUGUUCGACAAAAUUAUUACGUUAUCUGUGAUACACUCACGCAAAUUUAUGCGGUCCGGCACGGUGGUCGGUUCGUUCAAGAUCGACCUAAAAACGGUGUACGACGCUCCGGACCACCAGUUUUACCACAAGUGGGCACUCCUGACGGAUCCGGAUGAUCUGAUAUCCGGUCCGAAGGGUUACCUAAAGUGCGACGUCGGAAUCAUCGGCAAAGGCGACACGGUCAAAGUUCCUCCCAAGUCUGAGAAGGAUCCGGAUGAUAUUGAAGCGAACCUGCUUCUACCGGAUGGAGUUCCGAUCGAACGGCAACGAGCCAAGUUCAUCGUGAAGAUCUACCGUGCCGACGGGUUACCGCGGAUGAACUCUUCGCUGAUGGCGAACGUCAAGCGGGCGUUCACCGGCGAAGCCAAGGAUUUGGUCAACCCGUAUGUGCAGGUGUCUUUCGCUGGUCUAACGGGUAAAACCACCGUCAAGAAGGCGUCCUACAACCCGACCUGGAACGAGCAGCUGGUGUUCACGGAGAUGUUCCCGCCGCUGUGCCAGCGGAUCAAGAUUCAGCUCCGGGACGCGGACCCGAUGAAGCCGGCCAUCAUCGGGACGCACUACAUCGACCUAAAGCAGAUCUCCAACGACGGCGAGAAGGGCUUCCUGCCGACGUACGGGCCGUCAUUUGUGCAUCUGUACGGCUCGACGCGAGACUACAACCUGCUCGAUCAGAACUCGAAUCUGAACACGGGGCUGGGUGAAGGGGUUAGCUACCGGGCGCGACUGCUGGUGGCGAUCCGGACGGAGAUCACCGACAACGUGGAGCUGUUCACCGAUAAGAAUGUUGAACUGGAAACCACACUCCCAAUCUCGGAGUCAUCGUACUGCAAGAACGAUGACUUCUUCCUGUUCGGAACCGUAUUAGAAGCCUCCAUGAUCGACAAGAAGGUGUGCGAGCGGCCGGUCUACUUCGAACUCAGCGUCGGCAAUGCGGGAAACUCGCUGGACGGACACAACGAAAGCGCCACCAACUUGAGCGACGAAGACGAGCUGGAGUCGGUGGACACGACCGCGUACAGUAGCACGACGAGUGCGGCGAAGCCGAUCUCGCACGACAAGAACCACUACUUCCUGCCGUACUGGGACAACAAACCGUGCAUGGACGUGCGGUGUUCGUUUCCGGAUUUGCGCCGGCGGAUGUACAACAGCAACAUGAUCGCGAAGAUCACCGAGCGGAUGGAGAUCGGACUGGCGGAGACGAAUUUGCUGAUCGAGGACGAGGAUCCGACGUCGGAGGUAAAGUUACGGGCGGUGCUGGAAGAGAUUGCGACCAGCUGUAACAGGUAUGUAACGAUCACGAAGGGAGCGCUGGUGGGUCCGGGCACCGGGAAGACCAAGCUGGACAAGGAACGGAUGAAGCUAUGCCAGCGAGAGGUGGAAUCGAUCGGGAACAUGUCCCGAAAUCUGCGUGCCCUCGUUACCAAGAGUUCGAUGAAGGAACGCUACAAGACGGCCCAGACGUACUUGACCAAGUUGCGGUUCCUGAUCGAUGAUCCGCAGCACUCGCUUCCGGACGUGUUCAUCUGGAUGAUCGCCAAUGGGAAGCGGGUAGCGUACCACAGGAUCAGUGCCAGGGACCUGAUCUACUCGACAACGGAGGAGGAAACGGGUGUGUUCUGUUCGAAGGUUCAGACCGUCUUCCUGAAACUGCCCGGAAAGCAGGCGGAAGGUCCAGCGGGUUGGCAGGUGCGUGCCAAGUUGCACAUCUACCUCUGGCUGGGAGUGCUGAAGCACAAAAAGUCGUUCUACGCCGGACUACCGAGGGGGUACGAGAUGUCGUACGAACUGAAGAACGCGGACAAGAGUAACGUUCCGGCACCGUCGGAUGUACGGUACGUCGACAAGCACAUCUUCCAGAUGCGAGCUCACGUGUACCAGGCACGAUCGCUGAUCGGUUCGGAUGCGUCGGGCUUGAGUGAUCCUUACGCAACGGUGUACAUAACGGAAUUGUCGAGGACCACGCAGGUGAUCGAAGAAACCCUUAGUCCCACCUGGGACGAACUUCUGUUGUUCGAUGAGAUUGUGAUUUACGGUGCGAAGGACGAGAUCAAACGGGAUCCUCCCACGAUUGUGAUAGACAUCUACGACCAGGACAAGGUUGGAAAGUCAGAGUUUAUAGGAAGGGCGCUGGCAAAGCCGAGGAUCAAGCUGAAAGAUAACCACUAUACGAACCCGGUGCUGGAGUGGUUCGAGAUCACCCGAGGGCUGGACAAUGCAGGAGAACUGCUGGCAGCGUUCGAAAUGCUGGAACUGGGAUCGGACGACAUCCCACGGUUGACGGAUCCAAAGUACAUUGCGACCGAAUUCCGUGGGGAAAAGGCCAUCGCUUCGACGAUGACGAUACUUCCGGUACCGCGCGAAGUUCGGCCUAACCUGGCAAGGUUCCGCAUCGAAGUUCUGUUCUGGGGUUUGCGGGAUCUUAAGCGCGUACACUUUAUGACCGUGGACAAGCCACGCAUUGACGUUGAGUGUUCGGGCAAGAUCCUAAACUCUAGCAUCAUUCAGAACGCGAAGAAGAAUCCCAACUUUGCCAACAUGCUGAAGUUCUUCGACCUUGAGCUUCCACUGGAGGAACGGUACGCGCCUCCGAUCACGAUUCGUGCCGUAGAUUGUCGAUCUUUUGGACGGUACACCCUCGUUGGAACCCACCAAAUCACGUCCAUCCACAAGUACAUGCAUCGAGCACCUCCAAAGGACGACCCUAGAAGGGUGAACCAAAACGGACAGAUCAUCCUGUCCAAGCACUCGGACAUGAUCGGGAACAACACGACGCUGCCGCACGAUUCUUCGCUGAUGAAGUCCAUCUCCGGUGACAACCUAACCCUGUACGGAGCUGCGUGUGUCAGCAAGGUGGCCAAAGGUAAGAAGACAAAGAAGAAACUCGAACACGAAGACACGUUCGACGCCGAGGACGACGACGAAUCGAGCAAAGAUUGGUGGACCAAGUACUUCCUGUCGUACGAGAAGUUGAUCGAAGCUUCGAAGCAUACGACGACGUCACGUGCUCUGGAGAACCACGUAGCGACCACGACCGAGGGUGGCAAGAAGCUGGGCGUAAAGACGUCCAAGUUCGUCUCCAAGCUGAGUCCCAAGACGACGCCGAAGAAGAUCGCUAGUCCGAACACUGCAACCUGCCAUAUCUACCCGACGGAACUGGAAACCUUGCCGGAGUACAACAACUUCAAAGAGUGGCUGCUGUCGUUCCCGCUGUAUCGUGGCAAGAAGACUGGUGACAGUACAGAGGACGAAAACCGAAUCGUGGGCUUCUUCAAGGGUGCCAUCAAGGUGUACAAGCUUCCGAUCGAGAAGGGUAUGGAACCGGCCUUCGCUCCAACGCUGCCGCUGAACGACCCGAUCCACGUGCUCGUGCGGGUUUACGUCAUCAAGGGUACCGAUCUGCACCCGAUGGAUUUGAACGGCAAGGCCGAUCCGUACGUGGUGCUGCAGCUGGGCAGCAAGCGCAUCUCGGACAAGGAGAACUACGUGAGCAAGCAGCUGAAUCCGGUGUUUGGCAAGUGCUUCGAGAUCGAGGCCACCUUCCCGCAGGACUCGAUGUUGACGGUGCAGAUUUUCGACUGGGAUCUGGUUGGUUCGGACGAUCUGAUUGGCGAAACGAAGAUCGACCUGGAGAACCGGUUCUACAGCAAGCACCGAGCGAUGUGCGGAAUCGCCAGUCGGUAUGAAGAUUCCGGCUACAACCAGUGGCGCGAUCCGAUGAAGCCGACCCAGAUACUGACGAAGAUGUGCAAGGAGAACAAGCUGGAACCACCGCAGUACCUGCAGGAUCGUGUCGUGAUCGGUCGGUACUGCUUCGCCUUCACCAACGAGGAGAUCCAGGCGUGGAACGGCCCGACGACGUGCAAGUUCCGGGAUGAACACCUGGCGCUGGCUGUUCUACACCGAUGGGAGGAGGUACCGAGGGUUGGAUGCAAGAUCGUUCCGGAGCACAUCGAGUCACGAUCGCUGUACAACAAUGACAAACCGGGUAUCGAGCAGGGUAAGCUGGAGAUGUGGGUGGACAUGUUUCCGAUGGAUAUGCCGCUGCCGGGACCUCCGGUGGACAUAUCGCCGCGGAAGCCCAAAUCGUACGAGCUGCGAGUGGUCAUCUGGAACACGGACGAUGUUGUGCUGGAGGAUGAUGCGUUCUUUACCGGCGAGAAGAUGUCGGAUAUUUACGUCAAGGGGUGGCUGAAGGGUCCACAGGACAACCAGGCCACGGACAUCCACUACCGGUCGCUGACCGGUGAGGGAAACUUCAACUGGCGAUUCAUCUAUCCGUUCGAGUAUCUUGCGGCGGAGGAGCGAAUCGUUCUGUCCCGGAAGGAGUCCCUCUUCAGUUGGGACGAGACGGAAGUGAAGAUUCCAGCUCGCCUCGAGCUGCAAGUCUGGGACGCAGACCACUUCUCGGCCGAUGACUUUCUUGGGGCGAUAUCGCUAAACCUGAACCGGUUCCCACGGGGGGCCAAGUCCUCCAAACUGUGCACGCUGGACAUGCUCAAAACGGACAACGUCCCGACGGUGAAUAUUUUCAAGCAGAAGCGGGUCCGCGGCUGGUGGCCGUUCUUCAUCAAGAAGGAAAAUGACGAGAUGGAGCUGACCGGGAAGGUGGAGGCGGAAAUUCAUCUGCUGACCAAGGAGGAAGCGGAGAAAAAUCCCGCCGGGUACGGUCGGAACGAACCGGAUCCGCUGGAGAAGCCCAAUCGACCGGAUGCGUCCUUCAUGUGGUUCCUCAAUCCGCUCAAGUCGGUCCGCUACAUCGUCUGGCACAACUACAAGUGGCGAAUCAUCAAGGGCCUCAUCAUAAUUGGGUUGGCCCUCCUGCUGUUGCUGUUCUUCUACGCCAUCCCGGGCUACUCCGUGAAAAAGAUGCUGGGCGCGUAAUUUUCUGUAUCGUUUUCGUUGUGUGGAAAUAAAGUUUUACUCUUUUUUUUUUGUUUUUGUAACAACCCGUAUGAACGUAAUUUUAUCAAUUCAAGACUGGAUAUUAGUUUUUUUUUUAAGAUUUGUUAUUGAAUCUACUUGAAACUUUAGAUAACAAGAUGCACCUCUAGAUAAAUGAAGGAACUAAAAAUGGAAUGACAUUGAAAGUGAUUAACAUCGAAUCGUUUUGCAUAUCAGUAUUAAACCACCAAACAAACACAAAAUUGAGAAUCCAACUUUAACAACAUUUACAAAAAAAUGCUUUUAAAAAAAUCGAGCGCUUAUUGUACAAAGAACAUAAACAAUGUAAAUAACAAGUGAAAUCUAUUUUGCCACACGUUUUCCAAAUUUUCCUCUUCCAUUAUAAAAUUCAACCACUUCACAGUGUGAGUUAUAGACUUUUCCACAAACCGGAUUCCACUAUUAAACAAUCAAAACAUUUUACUCUAAAGAAAUAAAAUCAAGAAACGACGCAGCUAUUUAUUCUCAAUCUAUGGUAGAACAGUGGGGCUUACUAGCGAUUGUAGUUAGAGUAAAGUAUAUAUUUUAUCGUACCAAAACAAACAUAAAUGCUUUAAAAGAAACCAUUUUCUCUCUCUCAAUUUCACCUCCCAAAAAAUCCACACAUGAUAAAGAAACAAAGAACUUUCCCUCAUAUCGCUCAAAUUCGAGCUUCGAUUCAGACCAAUCAAGUAGAAGUAUUUACACGUAAAGCAUAGAUUAUGGGUAAUCCGAUGUUAUCGUAUAAAAAUUGCAAGUGUACAUUUUAGGUGAAAUUUAACGGGCGUUUCGUACGCACUCACCCACACUCAUACAAAUUCAUUGCACAAAAAAAAAAACACAUACGAACGAAAACGUAGAGCAAAAUAAAACCAAAAUGCAGGAUUGAUCAACGUUAGAAAACAAUACUAUUGGGUUAAGCGAAGAGUAAAAGAUUACUUUGUACGCGUAAAUUACCGUUAACGUAUUUUAUCAUUAAAGUAUAUCAGAAGAAAAUGUUGCAGAAAGUCGAGGGAAGGGAAUCGGUUUUAAAAGCAGUUUUUGAAAGUGGGUGUGUUACUUUAUUGACCGUAAUUUAUACCACCGUUAAAACCGUGUGUUUUGUUAGCUGUUUACUCAAACUGUUGAAGAAAGUGUGCAUUUGAGAAUACAUUGUUCAUAACUGCUGGCAUUCUUUAUUAGAAAAACUUUCUGUGUUUAUGAAAACCACGCUUUGAAAAAUGUUUUGUUUGAAACGAAAAAUAACUUUUUACAACGCCUUUUUGCACGCACGCAUUACUUAUUAUCAUCAAAGCCAAAUUUACUCAGAAAUUACUAGAUGCGGCCAACUUUAUUCCAAAUCUGACGUUUGCCGCAUUUACUCAUUUCUGAAUUAGUUCGGUUUUGACGAAAAUGAGUAAUUUUGGAUGAGCGUUUGAUGCCAAACGUCAGAUUGCUGAGUGUAGUUUACCCAUUUAUGUGUUAAAUCACCCAAAUCUGACGUUUAACCUCACAGCUCAUUUCUGAGUAAUCCAGUUCCAAGAAGCAUUGGGGAUGUGAGCCGUUAAUGCUUCUACCUUGUUAGAUGUCAAACUUCUUUUAUCAUUUCAGUUGGCAAAACAAAUUCUUUCAUUAACUAACCUGAAAUAAAUUGUUCAUGAAUGUCAACACCAAGGUAAACACGACACUUCCCCCAAAAAACCAAGAAAAUCAAUCCACCUAGUUGCGGUAUAAAAGUAAACACAAAAUGAUAACAAAAAUUGCUCUUUAGACUACACAAAACUGAUUCAAAGUAAUUUGUUACAUAUACUAUAUUUAUUCUAUAAGAUAUUCCAAAUUUUAACAAAACACAGAUUUGACACAUACACUGAAAAAAAAGAUGAAUCAAACACUGAAACAAAACCUCCACUUAUGAGCAUAUGAAUAAACAACUCAAAUCAA